UGCUGGUCCCAAGAACAGAAGACUGUAAACAUGGCUUUGACAAAUCCCUAAUGACUUUGCCUCUCUACAGGAGACCUGUUCAAAAGGUGCCUCAUCCUCAACAAGCCAGAAAUGGUUUGAGGUACACAGAAGCCAAGGACAAAGUCCACUGAAGACUGUGCUGGCUGUAAUUUGUAGAUGAGAUAAUAUCCAUCUGUCUGUCUGAUCCACUGAAGCAAAAGCUGGUGGAGACUAACCUCAUUUUGAUGAGAAGGGGAAAGGUACCUGGGGCACAACAUGAAGCCAGCCACUGUGGGCUAUAGAUAGCCUGCUAUGAUUGGUCCAUUUCUCACUCUGACCUCACAAGGAGCAAUUGUGAGGCAUGAGGGUCCUGUAUAUAAGGCCGUGGGCUGGGCUGCAGCUCUGUCCCUACAGAGCAGGGAGCUGAUUUAGGUGACCUGUGGGACUCUCAUAGCUAUCUGGUUAGUUGUUGAGCUGAGACUUUGCCACCACCUGUCUGCACGGGAGCACAGUGACCACCUAGCCUCAUGGACUGCCACCCCAACACCAAGAGCCUGAACAGCCAAUAUAUGGUCCUAUUUCCCAUCGGCCACGGUGCAUUUGGCUCUGUGCAGCUGGCCUACCAUCGCCUCACAGGCAUUCCGGUGGCAAUCAAAGUGAUAGAAAACCUCGAGGAGGACCUCCGGUUCAUCGUAUCUGAGAUGGUGGCCCUGGAAAGACUGCACCAUCCCAACAUCAUUCGCCUCUUCCAGGUGCUGGUAACCCAAGAGCAAAUCUACUUCAUCACAGAGUUUGCCCCGGGAGGAGACUUGUUCCAAAGAGUGACGGAGGAGGGCAGGCUGCAGGAGGAAGAGGGACAGAAAAUAUUCGGGCAGAUCCUGUCAGCCAUCAAGUAUUGCCAUGACCUUGACAUCGUCCAUCGAGACCUGAAGCCCGAAAAUAUCCUCUUUGAUGAAGAGGGCAACGUGAAGCUGGCAGACUUGGGCCUCGCCACCAGUUGUAGACCUGGAACUCUACUGCACCAGCAAUGUGUGACCAAGAGCUUCAAUGCCCCAGAACAGGUCCUGGGGUUGGGCUAUGAUGGGAAGAAGACAGAUGUGUGGAGUCUGGGUGUGCUGCUGUAUUUGGUCACCACCGGGAACCACCCCUUCCAAGGAGACACCAUGGAAGAGAUCGAGUGGAAGAUCAUCACAGGCACCUAUGAUAUUCCAGCUCAUGUCUCUGGGCAACUGGAAAAUUUAAUUCACCAAAUGUUGACAGUUGCCCCAGAGAGGAAGCCCUCCAUUGAAGACCUUCAGCAAGAUCCAUGGGUUAUGAAGUGGAAAGAAAACAUCCCAAGUGAAACUUUGUUAGAUCCCAAGGUUUUAGACACACUCUCUGACCUCGGCUUUAAUAUGAAUGAUGUUUUGGAAUCCCUGCAAAAAAACAGAUAUGAUGAGUUGAUGGGGACAUACCUAAUCAUCAGAGAGCAGGCCCGGAAGGGGCUGCCCCUUGAGAUCGGCUGUAACACCUCAGUCAAGUCUGUGGACUUUGGAGCUGUGCCUCCUGUGUCCCUAGUAUAUCCCUCUGUCUCUGGUCUUCCCCCCAAAUGGAGGUCCAGUGAGCCCACCUUUGGCCUCCUCCACACCCAGCCCUCACACUAGCCCCGGCCUGUUGUGCUAGUAGCCCCAGGGCAGAAGGUGGCCAGAAGUGCCUCCAUGCCUGUACAUUAUCCCCAGAAGCAGAGCCCCACUUGGAGCUGUGCCACCCUAUCCAGAGGUGAGACUUCUCUCAGUGUAUGCAGCAGCAUAUCAGAAGAGGAAACCACUCCAUCCUCUGGAAAUGACUCUGACAUGGAAAAUGCACUGAACCCUCAGAACAUCGGGUGCUUCCAGAGACUGUGCAAGAGAAUCAGGGCCUGCUUCUCCAGAUUAUGCUGCUUCUCAGGGGAUCGAAAGACACAAGUCCAGCCCAUGUUCAACAACAAAGUGGCUCCCGUGAAAGAGACAGGAUGAAGAGCCCAAGGAAUUGGGCAUGCAGGUUUGAGAGGGUGCAUAUGUGCUUUGCAUUUUAUUUUCUCUGCCUUUUCAUCGAAAUAUCAGAAAUAUAUAUUUUUUUUUUUUGUGUGUGUGUGUGGUCCAAUGGGAUGACCAGAUGUAUUUCUACACCAGCUGGAUUAAGCCCUGCCACUUAGCAUACCUCCUCAGGAAGAAAUCCUGCUGGAACAUACUCAGGUGGUGUCUGAAGUAACUGAACUAGCAGUAGACAACAAAAGACUGUGAUCGGAAUGUGGUGGGUGGUGGGUGUUGUGAUGUGGAGCUGUUGUCCACAGGGAACAGAUGUUCAUAUGGAAGACUCUACCUGGGGACCUAGUGUCUGGCAGAUUGACUAUGGUCAAAGCUCAAAGGGCAACUUCAACUUCCCCGUACAAUUCAAGUGGACAGGCAUAGUGUGUCAAGACCUGUGAGGCCUGAUGUCACAUUGAAGAUGCUACUCUGGGAGGCUGAGCUGGAUCCCAGUUCCUUCAUACCCUGGGCACCCAGUCUAGAUGAGAUGUCUUCAGUAUCACAGGACUCUCCACUGUGGCAUUCCAGGAGAAUGCUCUCAAACGACAGAGGCUGACUACAAAAGGUCCAUCAAUUUUCAAUUCUCAGUCUUUCACAUCUGAGGAGCCUGGAGGAGGAGACUCUACUGAUUUUUUCAUGGCAGCCAUGUGACCUAGGUCCUUUUAUUUCCUGGGCAUUUUGCUCUCAAUUGUAGGAUCUCUGACUACAAAGGCAGGUGGUUGAUU